AUGGCUGACCCACAACCACCAGCUCGCCCUAUUGGUGCUUAUGACCGCCCGACCAACAACGGUCAACUGUUAGGAAUCAGAGCACCAGCUGUGGCAGCAAACAACUUUGAGAUCAAGUCAGGGUUGCUGAACCAGAUUGAGAACAACAAGUUUCAUGGCCUGGCUGCAGAGAACCCAUUCGACCACUUGGACAGCUUUGAUAGAUAUUGUGGCCUAUCCAAAACCAAUGGUGUAUCAGAGGAUGCUUUCAAGCUCAAGCUUUUCCCUUUUUCUUUGGGGGAUAAGGCACGUCAGUGGGAGAAGUCUCUGCUAAGCAGCUCCAUCACCACUUGGGAUGACUGCAAGAAUGCUUUCUUAGAAAAGUUCUUCUCUACUUCUAAGACAGCUGACUACAGGAAUGAGAUAUCUGGUUUCAAACAGAAGAACUUGGAAGGAUUCAGUGAAGCAUGGGAGAGGUUCAAUGGCUACCUAGCUCAGUGUCCACACCAUGGUUUCAACAAGGGAAGUUUGCUCAGUACAUUCUAUAGAGGUGCUCUCCCUGAGUACAGAGCCAGAUUGGAUACUGCAAGCAAUGGGAACUUCUUGGACAGAACUGAGAGAGAAGCAGCGCAGCUGGUUGACAACAUGAUUAAGAGUGAUGCAGUCUACAGUGGAGAUCAUGACGGAGCCAAUAGGACAGAUGACAAGCAAACAAGAAGGGAGUUGAAAGCUCUACAGGAUAAGAUUGACAUCCUCAUUGCUAAUAAAGCUACUCAAGAGCAGGUUCACUUUGUUGGUAACCCACAGCAAGAGACACCACCUACUGUCAAUGAAGUUGAAAGUUUGGAAGGCCAAGAGGAAAUGUGCUUCAUUAAUAGCAAUGUCAAGACUUUAGAGAAUCAGUUUGCUUCUAUGGCUUCCACCUCCAAGCAGCCAAUGGGAACUCUACCAGGGAAACCAGACCAGAAUCCCACAAAGUACUGCAAUGUUACCCUCUCUACUACUUCUUCAGAGAUUGAGCUGAAUGAGCACAAGAAAGAGGUAGAUGAUAUUGAAAAAUUGGUGUUUGGAACUGAUAUUGGACAGGUUGAGCAACACAUUGUGACAACAAGUGGGGCAAAGAUUGUGGAGAAAGUAUACAAGCUGGUUGCAGCUAAGGUUGUGAAGAGAGAUGGACACAAGGUUGAGAUGGUCACGCAGGAGGACACCACUGAGGUUGAGCAGUCACCUUAUGAUAAACUCCCAUUUCCACAGAGGGUCCUCACCAAAGCUCAGAAGAAGGUCAUCUCCAAGUUCAGGAAAGAUCUUAGUGAUGUUGGGGUAAAGCUUCCAGAGAUCUCGGGUAUGCGAGAGGCUCGUGUACAAAUGAUACUCAUCAAGGACAUUCUAACUCACAAAGAUAAGGUAGCAGAGCUUCUGGACUUCUCUACUCUGCAACUUGACCCACAAGUCCCACCAAAGUCUCUCUCUAAACAAGAGCACCAGGGGAUGUUUACCUUGUCUUGCUCCCUUGGUAAGCUCACUUUUGAUGAUGCUCUUGUUGAUUCUGGUGCAAGUGUGAAUGUGAUCUCUAUAGAGAUGGUAAAGACUCUAAGGAUUGAGAGCAUGGAGCCAACCAGAUCUUUACUACAGUUUGGGGAUUCUUCUUCUACAACCUCAAUUGGUCUCAUCAAGGAUUUUCCUAUGAAGAUUGGAGCAUGCACCAUCCCUGUUGACCUCACUGUCCUAAAGAUGGCAACUGCAAAGAGGUUCCCACUCAUCCUUGGCACUCCAUUUCUCACAACUGUAGGAGCUUGCAUAGACUUUGAUAACAAGAAGGUCACGCUCCUCAAAGUGAACAAAGCUGUCUCAUAUCCUCUCCAGCCCCUAGAGAUGAAGUCUGUGUAUUGUGGAACAAUCACUUGUGAAGCAUCAUCCAUUGAGAAACCAAAGGCUGAAGUGCUGUAUGUUGAGAAAGAAACUCUUGCUGGAGAGUCCUCUACAGAGAUGUGUGAUGAGCACUUGGAAAGUGCUAAAAAGGAGGAGGUGAGUAGAGCUGUAAAGGCUACUCAUGUCAAGAAGAAGAUGAUGAAAGAACCUCACCCUCCACCUCUUGAUACACUGCCACACACUCUCACUCUUCACCCAAUGAAGCUUAAGGAUGGAGCUAUUGAGUACAAGAUCAGAUGUAAAGGAAAGACUACAUCAUUCUCAAGUGCAAGGGCCAUCAUCACUCAUGAGCUCCAAGAUGAUCCAAUCAAGCUUCAAGAGCUCCUCUCUCAGGUCCUGAAAAUCACUCUUAAUAGUGGGAAGGACCCCCCUUCUCCACUCUCCAUUUGA